UACUCGAUGAUUUGAUGUGUCAACUGCAUAUAAGGAGAGAACAGUGUGCAUCUCAGGCAAAUGUUUUGGUUUGAUUGACAUGUAAACAAAGGAAUGUGUUUUUAUUGUGUUUUUUGUUGGUUUGUCACGAAAUAUAGUGUUUGUGGGUGAGAUUUUGAUUAUAGAUAAGUUUUAGGACCGAGGAAGUUGCAGUUAUUACUCUCAUAUCCGUCUCACUGUUGCUAACCAAACUGGAUUAUUCAGAGUCGGAUGUUUUAUUCACUAUAAACCUCACUAUUAACCUACAAGAUAAUUGUGGUAUAAAACGGGUUGGAGACAAUUUUUAUAAAUGAUAACACCAAACGUAAAUGCAGUAGCAAGUAAGGUUCUCAACCCAUAGAUAUGUUUACAAACCUUGUUAUGUUCCUACAAUGCUACUUGCUUUCAUAUUAGUUGACGAAAUUUAGGUUAUGCUGUCUAUAAACACUGAAAGAAGAUGCAUUUGACAUCUGGAUAUAGAUUUGCAUUGCUUUUGUGUGGGUGAUUCUAAGAUGAUGGACUACAGGCUAGUUAAUGUCACUAUGAAUAAGGCAUAUUUGCAUCUCAGAAAGUAAUGUUUACAUAUUUUACCUGCUUUUGCUUACUUGUAGUGCAAUGCUGAUACUAGUAGUCAAAUAAUAAAGCUGUAAAAAGUAAAAGUAUAGGACAUAUCAAGAUGACAAUAUUAUCUGUAAAUACAAAAUAACAUUUUACAGCAAGAAAUGAUUUUUGUUAUGCCACUUUUAUCUUGAAGAUAAAGACACAAGCAUCUUUGAUACAUUCUUGUCAUAUGUAGAUGUGAACUUCAUAAUUUAACUAUAUAAUUAACAUGUUUACUAAUGAUAUUUCCUAUUAACCCAUUCGUGGAGUGGUGUCCUAUCACAUCAUAGUGAAAAGUUAUGGUUACAUGGUGCUUAAUCAUCAUGAGCCCAUCUCCUGGUGGCCAGGAGGAUACUUCACAUGCUCAUGCACUAUGGCAUUACCAAACCUUGCCUAAGAUUUGACAUGUCAUGAAUGGGUUAACCCUUUGCCGCCGGUUGGUAUGUAUGUACAUGCCAUGGCAUGCCUAGACUAUAUUCCAGGUGGCAAGUGCAUACGUGCCAUGGUGUGCUGGUCCUGUUUUCUGGGGGCAUGUACAGUCAUGCCACGCACGCUGUCGUGCCAACACAAUCCCCCAGCACAAUCCCUCAGCAGCGGGGCCUGGACCACUAUGAAUACAGCCCAGGAGAGAUGGCUUUCACAUUGGAAGCCACCCAGUGGCAUUGGACAUGGUAUCAUUCGCCAAAUACAGCUUGGUGCCCACAGAGGAACCGAAGGAAAAUGUUGCCCCUCCUCCUCCGCCCCAGAGCUCAGGGGCCUUCGACUACAACUCGGCGUUCAGUUACAAAUCAGCGUUUGACUACGGUAGCAAAACCACCAGUCAGUACCAGUCUGCAUUCGACUAUGGCUAUGGUCAUAGGGGACAUUCUGUUUCCCUCAGUCUGGGGGAGAAGGACAAGGGCAAGAAGGAUCGGUUCAAGAACUGGAGCCUGAUGACCUGCCUGGCAACAGUCGUCACUGCCCUGAGCUACUUCUUCAUCUGCAUCACCUUCCCUGUCACCCUCUGGUUCUGCUUCAAGAAGAUCGCACAAUGGGAGCGGCUCAUUGUGUUCCGUUUGGGGAGGCUGCGUGGCGCUCUAGGCCCUGGCAUUGUGUUCGUCAUCCCCUGGCUGGACCGACACAAUCGCGUUGACAUGAGGACCAAGGCUUUCUCUGUGCCUCCUCAGCAGCUCAUCACAUCGGACAACGGAAUCAUAGAAAUGGGCUGCGAAGUUAAAUACAGGAUCAGCGAUGUCCAGCGGCUCACCACCUCCGUCACGUCUCCCGAACAUGGCCUGCGCUCCUUUGGCAAGACAGUGAUGCUCAACGUGCUCACCAAACACACUGUGAAAGAGACAGAGAGAGACCGGCCAAUCAUUGCAUCGCAAAUCCAGAAGGAGCUCAACCUAAGAGUGUUGGAAUGGGGGAUUGAAAUUGGUGAUGUGUCACUGAGUAACGUAAACAUCUUAAAGGAAGCCGAACCCCACAACCCUCUGAAGCCCCUCAUGAACUGCUUCGGGGGCAAGGGGGGUGAGAUCGUGGCUCCUCCUGGAGCAACAGCCGCAGCUGCCUCUUCAAUACUGAACAUGCCAGGUUUCCCAGGCAUGGGAGACUUCUCCUUUGUCAACACUGGGCCCUCCAAGAAGAAAUCAGAGGCAAUCGUCACAGAGGAUGAACCAUACAUGGGUCGUAUCCAGCAGUACUUGACAGAUCUUCUGGGUUUCUCUGACGAGAUUAGUGAGCAGCCAAUGCAUCCAAAUAUACAAGUGACCAGCAGCCGAUCACCAGACACCAAGCUGGGCAAAUACCUCCAGGGCCUGAUCUCUGGGCCCAAUGGCAACGACCUCACCCACGGUAUAUACAGGCUACAGGUCGAGGGCAAAGACGGUGGGAUCUUCAUUAUCUUCAUAGGCAAUGGAGUGCGUCAGGUGGUGGAGGGUGACUUGGCGAAGGUAACUCCAGAUGUAGCAGUGGUUAUCAGCAAGGAGGACCUGAUGGCCAUCUUUGAGGGCACCCUGGCCCCCUUGCAAGCUUACCUCUCAGGCCACCUGACUGUCCAGGGCAACAUCCAGAUGCUGAUGGGCCUUGAGACACUGAGACAGACCACCAAAGACAAAGACAAAGAGGACAUCUUCGUGGUCUGAUGUUAAAUGAAACGGUGGCACUUCCUUUCCUCCUGUCUGUAAAAGGGGGUGUCAUGGAGUGGCGGAGGUAGAUUUUUGUUUUGUAUUGUUUUGCGUCUGUUUUUAAAGUCAGAAUGGCAAGUGUGGAUCGGUUUCCACAUCUGGUUAUUUGCACAAUUUUUUUUCUUUUUCUCUCUCAUUCUCAAUUUUUAUUUAAGGUUGUGAUUUCUCUGGCUAGUGUAUUAUUUGCAUCUGAAAUGGCACGAGGGACAGUAGGAGCACAUUUCAAAGCAAGAGUUUUAUGUGUAGUUGGUGACACAUAUUAUUUCCUCCGAAACUAAAGAAGACUGUGCCAUUUUUGUACAAGGUGAUUACCUUAUUGGUAAGCUUUCCAUUAUUGGUUUUCAUUUUUUCUCAUAUUAUUCCAAUAUAUGCAACUUUUCCCAGUAUUCAUUCUACCAUUACAAUCUCUCAAAGAGAGUGAUCUCUAGACAGACAAUGCAAAAUCCUUGUCACAAAGGAAGUGUAAUGUAUGACAGUGGCUGUCUCCAUUUGCCUGCUUUCACGGCAUAUAAGCAAAACCUGCUCUCUCUAGAAACGUAAGUCUUGUCAUGAGUGGCUGGUUUACAUGUAUAAUGAAAAUUGUCUUUGCAUUUUAUGCAACAUAAAACAAAAGCAAAAAUAAUAUAAUUUAUCUUUUUUAACCUGACUGCAUACAUUGAUAUUACAGCCACAGCCAUUUACUUGACUAUAAUUUUAUUAGUGGUGCAUAUUGUUUUCAAAACAGAGCAGCUGUUUGUUAUGUUACUGCAGAAUUACCUUAUUGUUGAUGGCUUGAAUAUAUAUAUAUAUUUCUCUAUAUAUAUAUAUUUGCUUGUUUGUUUACUUAUUUAUUUAUCUAUUUAUUUGUUUAAUCA